AACCAGGUGCUGCCUGCUUUCCCUAGCAUGAGACGCUUAACAUCGCGUCUUUGUUUUCUUUACCGGCGACGACAUUCGGUUCCUGGUCUGUCAUCUUAAGCCACUCCCGUCGGCCCUAUCUGAGCGACCAUGGCAGGCGAACCACUGGACAGCCUGGACGAGUUCUUUGACUUUACUCAGCUCGAAGAGGAUAGCCAUGUAUACGACAAUUCAAUGCACGCCGAAGCGUCGGCACUCGCCCUGCCUACGCUCGGACCGGAUAGUGCAAUGGAUUGGCAGCCUACCACAGGACCCAUGACGGUAGACGCGGGUGCAUUCACCAUAGCAUCGGACUUUCCUAUCAUUGUACCCGAAGAGCCCCUUCAAAACCGUUAUCACGCUGUACCUAUGCCGCCGCUCGUUCAGAACGUACCCAUGAUGCCCCAACAUCCCAUUGACGACCACAGUGAAGUUCCGUCGUUUCAAUGGCAACACCACCGUAUGCCACGGGAAGGGGAAGUCAUUACCCUAGGACAGGAGUUGAACCAAAGCGUGCGCCCACAACGGAGCAGCACUGUCACGCGAAAGCCUGCAUCCGCCAAACGGAAAGGCCCCUCAACUCGCCUACCCCUAGAAGCUAGGCAGAUACUGGAGGAAGAGUUCGCGGCAAACCCGUACCCAUGCUCCUGGGAGAUAGACAUCAUCGCUCACCAGGCUAACCUGGAUGUGAAACGGGUUCGAAAUUGGUUCAACAAUACCCGUGCUCGGAAGAAGCCGGAGUCGCCAGAAUCGUAUGAGGCCAUGAUGUCGCAAUCUAAUGGAAGCAUCACCUCACUCUCAUCGAAACUUUCUCGGGACAGUCUCGAAGCUCUGGAUAAGCAUGCCGAUGAGGCAAUUCAACCACCCCAGCCUCCACUUGCUCUAUAUCUGGCGCAAUCAUAUCAAGAGGAAGCCGUGCCUUAUUCUGCUAUUCAGGCUGCCAUGGAAAACGGCUCAACCAGCGAUGAAACAGACUUCCCGUACGACGGUUCUUCAAGCCACAGGGUGGGCAGACCUAGCUCGGUCAUUACCUCGGUGACUUCUUCUGACGGCACAGUACCCACAACAUACAGCAGCGGAAGCAACAUGUCUUCAUUCGGACGGACCCGAAGACGCGGUCGCCGGCGAAUGGAAUGGAAGCAAUCCCCUUACACCAGGACAAAGUACAAUGGUCUCAACAGUGCCGGUGAACCCCAAGAGAACCUUCCGUUCUGCUGCACUUUUUGCCCACGUGCCUUCAAGACCAAGUACGAGUGGAUACGCCAUGAAGACUCUGUACAUGCCCUCCGCACCACAUGGAUAUGCUGCGAAAAUAAGAACGCGCCGCUUCUGUCAUGCCCAUUCUGCGGACAGAUGCGACCUGAUGAGUCUCACAUGGCUAGCCACAAGUACCAGCAAUGUCGAAACAAGCCCGAGUCACAGCGAACCUUCUACCGUCGUGAUCACUUCAUUCAGCACUUGCAUCACGUGCACUUCGCGAAUGUCAAGCAUCCGUCAGCCCGUCUCGGCUGUCAGACCCGUCUACUCGACAGCGAAGGGGGCAAUUUUGGCUGCAAGGAUCUCGCAAUCAAGUGGAGAAGAUUCGGUGCACCUAUCAAGGCUGAAGAUCCGAUGCUUUGUUGUGGGUUCUGCGGGAAACGAGCGAAAGACUGGAGCGAGCGGUGUGAACAUGUCGCUGAGCAUAUGGCAGCAGGCGAGUGGGAUCGGUCAGCGUGGUGGCCGGAGCGCCUGGAAAACCAUCUGGAAAAUCUAUACACACCAGGCGCGGCUGGACCAUCACGUUGCCGCUAUUGUCGCAAGGUCUUCGCCAACGUCGAUGCUAUGAAUCAGCAUUCUCACUGUCGUGUUUGGAGUUGUCGUUUCCUCCGCUCGUUCGACGAUGUUGCUGCUGAGAAUGCAGGGCCUCCUCUAUGUCCGCAAUUCCCGUCGCCGAACGCCCAUCACUGCCACUUAUGCGGCGCAGGCUACAGGUCCUUUCACGUCGAGCAUGCCCAACACUACCACCGCUACCGACAGUGUGAUCAAAUGCUUUAUACAUCGGAGGACGAAUUCCUGCAGCACAUGCACGAUUUCCACGGUGCUUCGCAACCACAGCUGCUCCAGGGUAACUCUGUCCUUGAGCAAAACUUUUCCAGAAAUAAAGGUGCUUCAUUCGAGCCUCUUCAACUGGACGAAAUCAUGCAAGGUUGCAGGGUUGGGGACAUUAGCGGAUCCACGCUCGAUCCGAUCAUGAGGCAAGAGGCAAUACCUUCCGGCUCAGGUAGUACGAUGACUUCAAGAGAACGCCCUUCAACACCAUCGAGCAGGAAGACGCAAGAGUCAGGCGCAACCAUAGGCCAUAAGAACAGUAAGACACAGAAACAGCGAACGAAUAGCUCAGCCUCGAAGCCUGCGCAUCAAGGGCCGCGCUUCUUCCGCCUAAGUCCUCUGGUGCCAUUCUUGUCGACUCGCAUCUACUACUUACGUAAUGCGACGCCCACAAGCCUUGUUUCAGAUGGGAAAGCCGUGGUUGAAGAGGUUCCGAAGAGCCAUCUUGCUUCGCUUGUCAUGAGCUCGGGGUUGUUAGGAAUGGCCGGUGUAAGAUUUCCCGUUAGCAUGAAAAGAGAUGGGACAAAGGGGCCCGUAGAAUUCACUUUGGAAGAAGAAGACGAUGACUAGCAAGGAAAUUCUAGUUGCUGUCAAGCGUUGCAGCCUUCCGCUAGAUGAUGUUGGCGCAGUCCUUCAUAAUUCUUAUUUUUAGCAUCAGACCCGAGCCAGCUUGAACAACAACACAUCACGAGAUAUGAAAUCAUGCGGUGCGAUGUCAGCUCACGCGCGAUUUGGAGCGAUCAAGGGAUCUGUCCCUUCCUAGCUAGCUCGCUAUUCGCUAAAGCAGAAACUUUGGUGUUCAAAGCUCGUGUUGGAAGCGAAUAAUACGGACGCAUAAAAUAUUGUCAAUAACGGCUUGCAGAGGGUCCUUUAGUGUGACUGCCCUUGGUAAUAUCAAUGGACGAGUGUGAGGGUUGAAGGAACCGAGUAAGAAACUAGGGAGCCAAAUGUGAGAACUGUGGGAAUUCAUAUACUAAUCGGUCCAUGACAGCCCAAAGGUGUUUGACUGGCAGGUCACGCUUCC